GUUCCUAUAAUACAAAUAACCCGAAACUCAAAAACCUAUAUUAGGUCGAACCGAAGUGAAUUAGUUUGAAAAAAAAUUAGCGCUUCAACAAGAUUUCUUUUCUUCUUCCUCAAUCGUGGUUACCCCAUUUUUAGGGGAUUCUUGAAGUUCAACUAUGAUUUACACGGCAAUAGACACAUUCUAUCUAGCAGAGGAGCAGCUUAUAGACUCUCCUUCUAGGAAAGAUGGAAUUGAUGAUGUUACAGAAACAGCACUUCGAAUCUAUGGUUGUGAUCUCGUUCAAGAAUGUGGAAUUUUGCUCAGAUUACCUCAAGCUGUAAUGGCCACUGGUCAGGUGUUAUUUCAUCGCUUUUACUGCAAGAAAUCAUUUGCCCGUUUUAACGUGAAGAGGGUUGCUGCUAGUUGUGUUUGGCUUGCAUCAAAACUUGAAGAAAGCCCGAGAAAAGCAAGGCAAGUGCUUGUUGUUUUCCACAGAAUGGAAUGUAGGAGAGAAAACUUACCUGUAGAACAUCUGGAUACAUCUUCGAAGAAAUAUAUUGAUUUGAAAGCAGACCUAAUCAGAACAGAGAGGCAUCUUUUGAAAGAGAUGGGUUUCAUCUGCCAUGUCGAGCAUCCUCAUAAAUUUAUAUCAAACUACCUUGCAACUCUUGAAUCACCCGCAGAAUUGAGACAAGAAGCUUGGAAUCUUGCAAAUGACAGUUUGCGCACAACACUCUGUGUAAGAUUCAAGAGUGAGGUUGUGGCCUGUGGAGUUGUAUAUGCUGCAGCCCGUAGAUUUCAAGUGCCCCUCCCAGAGAAUCCUCCUUGGUGGAAAGCAUUUGAUGCAGACAAGGCUGGUAUAGAUGAAGUUUGCAGAGUUCUCGCUCAUCUUUACAGUCUUCCAAAAGCAAAAUACAUUCCUGUAUGCAAGGAAGGAGGUUCCUUUGCUACAUCAAACAGAUCAAGGGACUCACCAUCGCUUCCUGUAUCUAAGGAAGGUUUGUUGGAUGCUCCACCAGUGAAUGAAGAUACUGAGGAAGUCGCUAAGGAGGCAGUAACAAAAGCUGUCCUUGAUAAGUUGAAGGACUCAAAGAAGAGUGAUGAGGACUCAAAAAACAUGCCUUCAGAAGGGGAGUCAAAAGAAGAGCCAGGAAGAACAGACCAUAGAAUAGAUGCUGGUGGAGAAAAGAAUAAGGAAAGAGAGAGGGACAGGGGCAGAGACAGGGAGAGAGAGAGGGAUAAGGAAAGACUAAAGUCUCGUGAACGUGAUAGGGGAAGGGAAUCUGACAGGGAAAGGGAGAGGGACGACUUUGAAAGGGAGAGAGAAAAAUCCAAGGAAAGGAGUCAUCGUUCAAGAGACAAAGGUCACUCAGAGAAACCAAAACAUCACUCUUCUCGAGAUCGUGAUUACCAGUCUUAUUCAUCCCGGGAGAAGGAUCGUCGUAGACACCAUUAGCUUGGAACAGCCUGGCAAAGUGUACUCUCAACCACUUCAAGUUGUUAACUUGCUCCAUUAAAGCUUUCUUUAAGUUUUACUUCACGAUUUUCAGUAAUCUGCGUAUGGAGGAUUUAUUUAAUUGGAGGAAAUGGUAUAUAUCCUCCACCUGUUGAAAUUGGACCCAUCAUUCUCCUGCUUAAGCCACCUAAAAAUAUGUUUCUGGCUUAAUGUUUCAGCCUUGCAGGUUACCAUGCCAAAUUUGUUUGUCGUUUUUCUGGAGCAUAGCAGCAGUUCAUUGCAUAUAGCUGGAGUGCCUUCUUGGUGAAACUGUAUCCCACACCUUUAUAUACAACUAAGGUCUCUUGUAAUCGAAAAAUUGGUUUUUAACUAUUUUCGUUUAGUUCCCUUGAACAAUUGACAUAACCUUUGUUGUUCAAA